AUGCUGAGAGGAAGAUUUGUCGAUAGAAAAGCUUCGGCUGCUUCUCUGAACUCACGUGCCGGUUCAGCCACCGUCAAGAUACUCGUUGGUUCGGAUAGCCAAGAAUUCCUCGUUCCGAGAAAACUCCUGGCAUCAUGCAACUACUUCCGGCAGCAUAUAGACAACGCGCGCGUCAAGUUCGAAAAGGGGCGGGCUUACAUCAUCGUCGUCUUGGAAGAUCAAGAACCGCCCAUGUUCGAGUUAUUCGUAUACUGGCUGAACGAACGGAAAAACUUCGACAGGUUCAUCGACGCCGCUGAGGCCGACCGCUCCUGUCAGGAGCUUCACAACAGCUUAGUCCAAUUACACAUAUUCGCCGCCCAGAUAGAUAUUCCCGCCUUGCAAGACUGUGCUAUGGACGCUAUACAAGAUGUCUAUCUUCGGAAGAACUGGGAUAUCAGCACAAAACUGAUCGGAUUUAUUUAUACCUCAUGUGAUCCCCAAGAGAGCUGUCGACUACGAAAGUGGAUUGUAGCCAUGACGGCGUGGACACUUGGAGGCGUAGUUACGACCGAAAUGUCGAAUAGCAUCCAACGCCUCUUCGAGAAAUGUCCUGACUUCUGGGCCGAAUACAAUAACCACACGCGCAAAAUGGCGCAAACCGGGCUCGAGGGCCAAUUCAAGAAUCCCCAGCUUAGACUCCCCUCCAACAACUUCCGCGGCGAAGAGCGUCAGUUCGGGUUUCGACAAUGCUCGUUCCACACGCACCGAUCGACUGUUGGACAAGGACGAUGUCCUCACGUAGCCUCGCUCUCGCCACCCAUCCCGUCCCCAUAUACAGACGGCUACGUCGAGUCAGAUUCAGACCGCGGCGAUUCAAGGUUUGGAUCACGGAUGGUUUCUCCGAGCAGUGAUUCGAGGUUUGGGUCGCGGAUGGUUUCCCCGAGUAGUGAUACGAUACCCGAGUCCGAUUUAGAGACCUCAUAA